AUGUCGCUGCUCAAGAAAAGAAAGCUCGAGUCGGGGGGCGGCGAAAGAGGGGUGACGAACGAAGAGGAAGAUGGCGGAGGGCGGAAGGCGGCCCCGCAGAGCCCCGGGAGUAGGAAGCAGGAGCGCGAUCAGCUGUACUACGAUUGCUACUCGGACGUGACGGUCCACGAGGAGAUGAUCGCGGACCGCGUCCGCACCGACGCCUACCGCUUGGGCAUUCAGCGGAACUGCCCAGCCUUGCGGGGCAAGACGGUGCUGGACGUGGGGGCGGGCACGGGCAUUCUGAGCAUCUUCUGCGCCCAGGCCGGGGCCCGGCGCGUGUACGCCGUGGAGGCCAGCGCCAUCUGGCAACAGGCCCGGGAGGUGGUGCGGCUCAACGGGCUGGAGGACCAGGUGCACGUCCUGCCGGGGCCGGUGGAGACGGUGGAGUUACCGGAGCAGGUGGAUGCCAUCGUGAGCGAGUGGAUGGGCUAUGGGCUGCUGCACGAAUCCAUGCUGAGUUCGGUGCUCCACGCGCGGGCCAAGUGGCUCAAGGAGGGCGGCCUUCUGCUGCCGGCUUCCGCCGAGCUCUUCGUGGCGCCGAUCAGCGACCAGAUGCUGGAAUGGCGCGUGGGCUUCUGGAGCCAGGUGAAGCAGCAGUACGGCGUGGACAUGAGCUGCCUGGAGAGCUUCGCCACGCGCUGCCUCAUGAGCCACUCCGAGAUCGUGGUGCAGGGCCUGUCGGGCGAGGACGUGCUGGCGCGGCCACAGCGCUUUGCUCGGCUGGACCUGGCGCGCCCGGGCCUGGAGCAGGAGUUGGAGGCCGGGGUGCGCGGGCGCUUCCGCUGCAGCAGCUUUGGCUCCGCGCCCAUGCACGGCUUCGCGGUCUGGUUCCAGGUGACCUUCCCCGGGGGGGACUCGGAGAAACCCCUGGUGCUCUCCACCUCGCCUUUCCACCCUGCCACCCACUGGAAGCAGGCGCUCCUCUACUUGAACGAGCCGGUGCAGGUGGAGCAGGACACGGACAUUUCCGGGGAGAUCACGAUGCUGCCCUCCCAGGACAACCCCCGCCGCCUGCGCGUGCUGCUGCGCUACAAAGUGGGGGACCAGGAGGAGAAAACCAAAGACUUUGCCAUGGAGGACUGAGCCCCGCCUUUCCCCCCAGCCCCCUCCCAAGGCUGCCUGACCUGAGUGGAGAAGCCUGGGGUGGGGUCCGAGGAGACGAGAUCCCACGUGCAAGUCUGGAUGGUCUGGCAGUGCUGGCAUGGCUGUGUCCGGAGCACUGGCCAACAUGGAACACCAGAUGACCCAAGGAAGCCCACGACUUUAAAGUGAGGACAGGUCCAGCAAUAUGAGCGUGUGAGCUGCAGCAAUAUCCAGAUGCCAGUCAGUCUGGUCUGUGUGUGGCCUCAUGGUGGUGGCCCGAGGCCAUGAUGGGCCCCGGCAGGCAUUCCUGUGUGAGAGAAAGGAACCCUGAGGACGUCCUUGCUGAUUUUAUUAAUUCAUUGGACCAAUGUCUGUUUCAUUUAGUAUGAGGUGUGCUUAUACUAAGCACUUAAAGCUACAAGCCAUUAAAACCUAGUUUCUGCCUUUAAAUGAAUUUGUUUAUUAAAAAUGCUAGUAAAUAAAAUGCAUAAACAAUAAUGGGCUAAGGGCCGAGGUCUGGGUAGUCAGGAAGGCAAUAAUUCACUAUACACUAAUAAAAAUGUACACAGCUA